AUGGGGGCAGCUCUAACGGGCCCCAAGGGGAGCCGGUGCCCCAGUCGAGCUUGGGCAAGCGGUGAGUACGCACACAGUGAGGAGACAGGGCUGGAGGAAGGUUGGGGCAGAAGUGCCGGCACCUGGGACCCGUGUUCUGCCCCUGCAUCCAGGGCCCAGCCCUUGGCGGGAGGGCCUGGCUCAGGGCGCCGUGCUUGUGGGGCCAGCGGUGCAGGCCUUGCCGCCUGCCAGCUGCCAGGGGCCCUCUCCUUCCCGCCCCCACGUUCCCCUGACCAUCCGGCCCCCAAUUUCCGUCUCCAUUCCGGCCCCGCUGAAGCCCUUCUGUGUGUCCUCCUGCAGACCAUGGCUUUCUUGCCAUUGCUCUUUGUGCUCGUGCAAAGCCUGAUCCAGUUCCCGCAGCCUGCUGGGGAUGGGCUGGAUGAGGCCACGCACCGGCGAAUGCGGGAGCGUCAGGAGCUGCUGGAACAUGAAAUGACUCGGCUGCUGCAGGAGCUGGAGCGCAGGACAAGGAGCCGUGGAGCCAGCAGCAGCGGCAAGGACUUGAGCUCCUGCAAGGUCUUGCGAGAAGAGAGAGGAAAAGAGCAGGAAGAAGACGGCUUUUAUUCAAAGGAAGGCGGAGAAGACAUGCAUGUGACUGUGGAGGCCGAUGACAGCGGCAGUGGAAAUGACAGAGAAGGCAGUCCUGUGGCUGCAAAUGAAGGAGACAACGGCGAUGCCAUAGGAGGUGAUGAUGUGAAGAUAGAGGAAGAGGGUGAUGCUGAGAGUGCCACUGGCUAUUCCUCAAGGCAAGAUGAAGCAUGGAGUGAUAGGAAUGUGCCAGGAGACAACACUGCUCAAGGCAAUGAAGAAGAGUCUGGCAAUGUUGCGGCCAAUACAGAAGGCCUAGAUGAAGCCAGUGAAGGGGAAGACCAGGAUGUGCGGGUGGAGCAAGACAAGGACACUGGAAAGGAAGAAGAAGGAUAUGGAAAUGAAGAAGGAAAAACCAGCGGUACGAAUCUGAAGGCAGGCAACAAUGACGAUGUAAAUGAUGGUGAGGACAUUGUAGAUGGGAAGGAGGAAUACGUGGAUGUGAAGGUGCAGGAAAGCAGGGGUGCCAGUGAACAGAGAAGCAGUGAUUGGACUGGGCAGGAAGAUAGCAAUGACCGUGGGAAUGAAGUCGACCACGGAGGUUUUGCUGCAGCUGAGGAAGAAAAGAAGGCAAUGAUGAAAGUAGAUGACAAUGAUAGAAACGAGGAUGAAGAACAGGGCGGUGUACGUGUGGAGGCAAACAAGAAUGAGGAUAGAAAAGAAGACAAACAAGGUAACGUGGCUGCCAGAGAGAAAGGAGGCAGUGACGGGGGCAAAGAAGAAAAUGGCAAGGGUGAAACAGAAGAAAGAGAAGACACCCGAGAUGCUGGGGAUAAGCGAGGCAUCCUUUUAGUGGAUCACAUCCAGUGGCCUGUGGAGGAACUGGAGAGAGGUUGCUCACUGACAGCUGAGCUGAUGGAGAGCUUCACGCGCGUCUUUGUGGACAGAGUGAGCAAUAGUUUCUACCCAGUGCCUCAAGAAGCCAUUGGGGUGGGCAGUGCCUUUGAGGGCUAGAGUCCCCGUGACUGGGACGGGGUGUACCGCGUGCUGGUCCCCCUGAAUCCCCCGCCAGGGCACGCCUUCCACCUAGAGCCGAACAGUGCAGGGCAGACGGCCGCAAGGACCUUCAGUGUCCGUGUGGAGCUGGUGUGCACGUGCAAGAGGGAGCAGCUGGGCCAGAAGCCGCUGUGCUUCCUGCACCACCCGAAGAAGAAGCUGGGGCGGAAGCGGAAGCGCAGCCUUCUAGAGACACUCUGCACCGGCUCCUACCUGGACGUGGAGAAAACCUCCCACUGGUUCUACCAGCUGGUGAGAUGCUCGUGGCGGCAUGUGCCUGAGUCAGACUCAUGGCACUUGGCGUUUCAGCCCUGCAGCCGUUCCUGCCGAUUCCAGCUGAGCAAAGGCAGGAAGAGGCUGGUGGUGGAGAUGCUCUUUGGGGUGCGCCAAGGGGACUCUGAUAUCUUUGUGGCCAGCCAGCCCACAGAGGCCCAGAAAGGCGGCUCCAGCAUCUUUGUGAGCAGCCAGCCCGCCGAGGCCAACUUCAUGGCAAGCACAGCGUGGCCGGAGACGUACGCUGUGGCGGAGGCCAAAUUCCUCCGGCACAUCGCCGGGCAGGUGCCCUGUGAGAGCUUGCACCUGAAAUGCCUGCAGGUCUUCACCUGCAUCCUGAGGGGCACAGGUUUUUCCAGCUCCGUCUGGAAGACGGUGGUCAUGCACGUGCUGACCACCGUACCGCUGUCCCGGUGGCGCAGGAGGGAAUUUGCGCGGCGGCUGUGGGACGUCAUGGCGUACCUGCGCCGCUGCCUGCAGUCGAAACGCCUGGAGCACUUUGUGCUAGGCAACGAGAGGCUUCCUGCAGAGAUCAGCUUGCCACUGGCAGUGCGAAGGGUUGAGCCGCUCAACCUCUUUGAGCACCUGGCCCGAGAGCCGGCUGCCCACAGAGAGGCGAUGCGAGCUUAUGGUCAGCUGCGGUUUCGCCUCUGGGCGCUGCUCUCCAGCCUCUGA